AUGAUUUGUAUACGAAUAUUAGUCUUAUUUUUGAUUGCUAUUUUGGGCCAAGGAAUUGCACAGAAUACAAAUGCAGUUAUAAUGUCGAUUAUGAAUGGAUGGCAAUUCCAAUGUGCUACAACAACUUGUCUACCCUAUGCUACUAUUACUGCAUCCUCUAUGCUUCUAUGUGAAAGUAGCUGUUUACGACAAAUUCAAUGCAAAGCUAUUAGUUUCCGACAAUCAACUGCUCUCUGUCAAUUGUUUAAUGACAACAUAAAUCAAAACAGCAGUUUGCAAGCUAUUGUGGGCACUGUUACUAUGAUAGUCAUCUCUGACAUAAGAACGCCGUCGGUGCAUACCUCAACAUCGUCGACAUCAUCGUCAACCUCGACAUCGACAUCAACUUCAACAACAUCAACAACAACACCAGGAUGGACAGUAACUGGAAAUAUGAAUGUAGCACGAAAAUAUCAUACAGCAUCGAUGUUAUCAAAUGGAAAAAUAUUAGUUACUGGUGGAUAUGGUAGUAGUAAUCUCAACAGCGCUGAAUUAUAUGAUCCAUCGACGAGUAAUUGGACAAUAACUACAAAUAUGAGUGUUGCACGAUUUUCUCAUACAGCAUCGAUGUUAUCAAAUGGAAAAAUAUUAGUUACUGGUGGAAGUGGUAGUAGUGGCGAUCUCAAGAGUGCUGAAUUAUAUGAUCCAUCAACAGGUAAUUGGACAAUAACUGGAAAUAUGAAUGUUGCACGAAAUUGUCAUACAGCAUCGCUAUUAUCCGAUGGAAAAAUAUUAGUUACUGGUGGAUGGAGUAGUAGUAGUGAGCUUAACAGUGCUGAAUUGUAUGAUCCAUCAACAGCAUCAACAUUAUCAAAUGGAAUAAUAUUAGUUAUUGGUGGACGGAAUGGUAGUGGUUUGCUCAGCAGUGCUGAAUUGUAUGAUCCAUCAACAGGUAAUUGGACAACGACUGGAAAUAUGAAUGGUGCACGAGGUAGACAUGCAGCAUCGAUAUUAUCUGAUGGAAAAAUAUUAGUUAGUGGUGGACAGAAUAAUAAUGGUGGUCUCAACAGUGCUGAAUUAUAUGAUCCAUCAACAGGUAAUUGGACAACAGCUAGAAAUAUGAGUGUUGCACGACAAUCUCAUACAGCAUCGAUGUUAUCAAAUGGAAAAAUAUUAGUUACUGGUGGAUCGAGUGGUGGUAGUGAGCUUAACACUGCUGAAUUAUAUGAUCCAUCAACAGGUAAUUGGACAAAAAUUGGAAAUAUGAAUGUGGCGCGACAGUCCCAUACAGCAUCGAUGGUAUUAAAUAGAACAAUAUUAGUCACUGGUGGAUAUAGUAAUAGUAUUCCUCUCAACAGUGCGGAAUUAUAUUGA